CCUAUAACAGAACCAACGGACAUCAAGUUAAUUUUAAAAAAACAAAAGCAAUGGUUUGAGUUUUUAUUUAAUCUGCAGCGUAUGGGUGUCAUCCAAAUUUAGCAAGCCGGUUUGCAAUGGCUUGUGGAGGAUUGAUGGUGAAGGCAAGCACUAGCUUUCAGUGCAGGGCUUACCAGACAGCAGCAAGCGAAAAUGGUGGCGAAAAGAGUGCCCGAAAAUUGAGGGCUGUGGUUGUGGGAGGCGGAUGGGCUGGAUUUGGCGCUGCACACACUUUAGCCAAAGCUGGAGUUGAGGUAACUCUGCUGGAUGCUGCUCUUUCUCCUGGAGGUCUCAGCACAGGCUUUAGGUCUGCUAAAGGAAAGCCAGUUGAGGCUGGCAUCAAAGGAUUCUGGUGGCAGUAUCGCAAUAUAUUUUCUCUAAUCAAAGAGCUUGGAAUUUCUUGGCCAUUCACCAACUGGACUAGAAGUUCUUUCUACAAUGCUUCUGGGAUUCAAGUUGAAGCCCCUGUCUUUAACGAACUGCCUCGACUUCCAACACCUUUAGGUUCUCUUGUUUACACAUCACCAUAUUUCAGGUCUCUUUCAGUGUUGGACCGUCUAUCAGCUUUGCCUCUAGUUAAAGCACUAAUAGAAUAUGAUGUGGAUGAGAAAGCUUACAUGUCAUAUGACUUCAUGACUGCAAGACAACUUUUUCGUGAGGGAGGCAUCUCAGCUCGACUUUAUACUGACUUCUUGGAACCUUUCCUUCUGGUUACUUUAUUCGCUUCUCCAGAAAAGCUUUCAGCUGCAGCAGCUUUAGGAACUUUAUACUAUUAUGCCUUAGCCCACCAACAGGAUUUUGAUGUUUGCUGGUGCAAGGGGCCUGUGGCUGAGCUCAUAUUCAUUCCAUGGAUUCAUGAAAUAGAACGGUUAGGUGGAUCCAUUCUUCAGGGAAUAUAUGUACAGGAUGUAGUACCUUGUGAUAAUUCAGACAGAAUCACAUCUGUUAUAGCAGUAAAUAAACGUGGAGAUGCAGAGCUCUAUAAUGCAGAUGUGGUAGUUUUUGCAGUGGGAGUAAAGGCUAUGCAGAAAAUUGUUGCAUCAUCCAUGACCUUAGAAGCACAUGAUGAAUUUGUUUCAGCCUCGAACAUUGGGAGUAUUGAUGUAAUGGCUAUUCGAUUAUGGUUUGAUGCCAUGAUUCCACUUCAGAACCCUUCUAAUGUGCUGGCUGGUAUUGGACCUGGUGUUGGUGCUACAUUAUUUGACCUUAAUGCGUUGCAGGAAGAAUUUUCAACGGAUAUGGGAAGUGUCAUGGAGGUUGAUUUGUAUCAUGCAAACCCGUUUAUUCCUUUAUCAGAUAACAUGGUCAUCGAAAAGAUCAUGAAGUAUUUGAUUCAGUGUGAUAGCCGUUUUGGCAAUGCCCAAAUUAUUGACAGUAGCGUUCUUCGAUACAAGGAGGCUGUAACCCUUUUUGGUCCAGGUUCACACCAGUAUAUGGCAUCAACUGAGACCAGCUUCUCAAAUGUAUUCAUCGCUGGUGAUUGGCUCAAGCAAGGUCCAGGUUCACAUGGAGCCCGAGGGCUCUCUCAAGAAAAAGCCUAUGUUUCUGGACUAAUAGCUGCAAAUGCAGCUGCCAGAUAUCUUGGAAUAGAUUUCCAUGUAGACAUAAUUAAUACUGAAGAAGAUGAGCCUCAUGUCGCAGCAGCUAAAUACAUGGUGAGAGAGAUGAGGAAGACUGCACAAAACUUGGGUAUUGACUACCCUUUCCUAUGAAAUUUCGAGAGUGUGGACUGAAGCAGACAGCAGAUUCACUUGCUCGAACUCAGAAGAUAAGUAUUUGAUAUUUGUAAUUUUUUGAUCCCGAAACAUUUACAUGUUGCCUGAUAGCUAUUAAAGUCGCAUAUCUUAUAGUGAAGUGCUUGUUUGAAAUAAUUGAAUGCAUUCAUUAGGCUGUAUUCGUUACCCUACAUUGCCAUCCUUGUAUCACUUGAAACAAUCUGUUAACCAUGAGAAUGAACUGUGAUUUUUCA